ACGAAAGCGUAAGUCGGCGACCAUUUCUCCUGGAAUUCGCUUCCCUUCUCUCUCGAAACCUUCUCGCCCUCGCUCGCCAAAAUUCCCCGGCGGCCUCGCCCCGCGCGCGCUCUCUUCCGCUUCCGUCGCGGUUCCAGCUCCGGUAAACCCUAUCUUGCUCCGAUUCCUGCUCAUUUUUUGCUGCCGGUGACGACACCAGUAGACCCCAAUCCGGUGCGGGCCGUGAUAGCUUCUAAAAAUUUUGCUCUGUUCCGUACCCGUUCCAUGCGCUCUGAGCGCGGUAGUGAGUCGAUUGCUGUUACUUACAGUCUGUUUAGAGGUUCCAGUUCGGAGUUCUGUUACUGGUAGCGGCGCGAUUGCGUUUGCCCCUUGCUAUCCAGACGUAGCCAGAUGGGAUCGCCAGAUGAAAGAGUGCAAGUAGAUGCAUUAGAAAGACUUUUAUUGGCUGGUUCAUCUUCAAAUGACUAUAACAUAAGUAUUGAGGAUGAGGUCCUCCAUGAUGCAUCAUUUGCAGAAAUGGAAGAUAAUUUCGUCAAGUAUCAAAUUGCUCAGUGGAUUCUUUUAUCUGUUUUACUAGUCUUAGCUUGGGGAGUAGGAGUGCUCAUGCUACUUUACUUACCUAUUCGGAUAUAUGUAUGUCGGAGGGACUUCCGCUCAAGGAAAUUAUAUUUGACACCACAUGCCAUUGUUUAUAAGGUAAACAAGCCUGUUGCUUUUCCUUGUUUUGGGGUUUUCAAGAAGGAGAAAUAUGUUAUCCUCCCUUCAAUUUCUGAUGUUGUUGUUGAGCAAGGUUAUCUUGAAUCCUUUUUUGGGAUAUAUUCUAUCAGAAUUGAGAAUGUUGGUGUUAGAAAGCCUGCUAGUGAUGAUGUAAAAAUAACUGGGGUUUCUCAUCCACAUGAUUUCAGGAAGGCUGUUCUAGUCCAUCUUUUGAACACAAGGAACCUGAAUUUCAGCAGGAAAGCUCCAUCUGAUGGCCAACAGAGCACAAGUUUGAAUCCUAUAGCUAGUGCUUGGGAGCCUCCACUUGGGGAUUUGAUACUAGAGAAGCUUGAUGAAGUCGAAAUCUCUGUAAAGAAAAUGCAAGCAAUGGUACAAGGGAUUGAAACUUCCAAGACGAAGACCAGAUCCAGUUGAUUCAAUGUAUAUUUGACACUUGACAGGAUUGGUGAAGAUAUGACUUGGUGCCGAUUGAUCCCUUUGGUGGCUAUCAGCAUCGUCCUCGUGGUUGCUGUCGAUAGUAGUGGGAUCAUGCGAGCAUUUUCCCGGUGGCUAUAUGUAUAGCUCAGGAUACUUGUAACUAUGUUAUUGUCUUAUGUUUCGCCUCGUCCAAUAAUAGAUGGUGAUGGCUUGCUAUUUUUUGCCGCUUUCUAUAAUCAAACCUGGAAUUCCACUUUCUGCGCACAAAAGACAUAUAGUUGAAAAGGAAAUCAUUCGAUAUUGCAACUAGAAAAGGAUCUGCUUGGUUAUCAGCUAUAAUAACUGAAACCAAGUCACUACCUUGCAACUGGUGAUGUCGAUAUCAGAUACUGAUUCGUGUAUAAGAAUUUUACUGUUUACCAUGGGGAUGGGUAUUCUGUAGCUAGGUUGCCAAUACAACAAUCAGAUAAAAUUAGUGGAACCAAGUCUCUACCUUGCAACUGGUGAUUGAUUUCAAUACCAGAUACUGAAGAAUGAUACUAAGAUUUCUACUGUUUA